AUGGACAUCAUUAAAUGUGUCUGCAUCGGCGAUGGUGCUGUCGGUAAGACCAACCUUCUCAUCUCUUAUACUUGCGAGGGUAUUUUCCCUGAAGAUUAUGUUCCAACCGUUUUAGAUAAUUAUUGUAAAACCGUUGAAGCCGUGGUUCCUCAACAAAAAGUACCAUCGGUCAUGAUGAAUAACUCAAAUCAAGUACAACAACAACAUUCACUGAAUGGAGAGGAAUUGGCAAAGAUGACAAUACCUGUCGAAGAUUCUAGUAACAAUAAUAACAGUCAUACAAAAUCUCCAAAUUUGUCAAUUACUUCAUCCAACGUCAUGAUGAAAAGUAGUAGUACGGAACCACAACAACAACAAGCUUCUUCUUCUUCGAGCACGACUCAGCAGAAUUCUAACAAAUUGAAUGAAAGUAAUAUUUCAUCGACCUUGUCUUCCACGACGGAUGAAUUGACCAUGGCACCACCAUUCGAAAAGGAAGAAACCACUUUUAUUUCAUUGCAAUUAUGUGAUACUUCGGGACAGGAAGAAUAUGACCGUUUACGUUCUGAUUUGUCAGAUUAUGCCUCUGCUGAUGUAUUUUUAUUUUGUUUCUCUCUGGAUGAUCCUCGCUCUCUUGAAAAUCUUCAUGCCAAGUGGUACGAUGAAGUCACCUCGUAUUUCCAAACUCAUAAACAUCAAGGAGGAGGUGUUUUGUCACUCUUUGGAGCCAUUUAUUCAUAUUUCGGAUUUGGAGGAGGAACCACUACUGAAGGAGGCAGCACGACCACGGAUUCAUCCACUAUCGUCAAUUCUUCUUCAUCAGCAACGAAUGGUGACAGUCAAGUCACAUCAGCAGGUCACAACAUUACUGAUAAUAUUCCUCCAAUUAUUCUUGUAGGAACCAAGUUGGAUCUUGUUAAAACAGAUUCACAACAGACUUCUCCUAAUAAUAAUAGUAAUCAAGAGACUCUGAGCUCAGAAAUUCAAAUGGCUUCCGAUUCCAAUCCAAAUUCUGCAUCCGUAUCAUCAGCCAAUUCACCUUCUUCACUGUCGCCCUCUUUCAUGAAUCACAAAAUUCCAACCGAUACUCGUAGACGCAAUCAAUCCAUUUAUCACAUGUUUGGAAAUAUUCCCAAGACCAGUGAAAGUCCACAAUUGCAAAAAAUUAGAGAACAUGCACUCAAAGUUAAGAAAGAUAUUAAGGCAGUGGCUUAUGUGGAAUUGAGUGCCAAGACUAUGGAAAAUGUGAAUGAAAUGUUUGAACAAAUUGUCGUUCCAGUUGUGUUAAAGAGAAGACGAGCCAUCGAACGAAAACGAAAUACCAAAUCGGUGACAAGUACUUCAUCUUCUUCCUCUCACACAACUUCACAUUAA